AUGCUGGGACUGAGAGCCAGAGCCUCCAGGAACCCAAUCUUGGCCAUCUCCUCCCCCCUGAACGCGCGCUCCACUUUGGACAACUCCACGGCCGCCUCACAGUCGCCGCUCAGCUGCAACCUCUGGACGACCUGCACUCUUAUUCGGGCGCAAUUAUUCACAUUAUUCACAACUUUUACUUGCAGCAAUUAUCCAUUGCUUCCUCGGUUCAAAUCCAACACCACCACCCUCGCCCUCACCACCACCGUUGCAUCCACACGGGCAUCCACAUUCACAACCACCACAGCCUUGACCUUUGAGCCUGCUGCUACCAAUCACGCUCUUCGUCCGCUUCUCCCUCUGCCAUUCACCAUUGGACGCUUUGCCCACGCUUGCAUUAAAACAACCACCACCACCGUUCAAGCGAAAGCCAAAGCUGCAGUCCGAGCCACCGUCCGCACGUCGUCGCCUACGCAUUUCUUUGUCCGGGUCUCCACAUACCUAUCUAACUGCAAACCUAAUCGUUUUGCACCUACGACUAUUGCGGCUGUUGCUGCACCCAUUGUUCCUGCGCGACGCUUUCCUUGGUCGACUUUUCCCCAAUACCAUCCCCUCAACCUCCCCUCCAACCCGGCGACCAAUUCAAUCGCUCCAGGCCCUGGCGACCUCGACGAGCCUGGCCCAGGCGCUGCUGCAAACUCCUCGACAACCAAAAGACCCGUUCUCCACCGUGCCCCAAACAAUUCUUCGUCACCGGCCACCGUAGAUGCAUUCGCAAAUCCUCGCAUCACAACGCUUUCGCAGCAGCCCACAUAUCCCGGCGCUUCGCCUGUCCUCCAGACUCCAGUAGCCGCCCACGCCGCCGCCCUGCCCCAAGCUCACACUCCAUCCCUGCUAUGCCAAUACGACCCCAAAGAGUACUUCCUGCAGUCUCCCUUUCGCAAUCGCGCCGCCUCUUCUGCGGCCCGUCGACUUCCUCACCUUUCCGCUGCUCGUCUCUGGAACCCAACCAACUCUACACCACGCCUUCCCGAUAAGCCAGCUCUUCGCAAACGACGACCCUCGACACCGCCUCCCCCCGCCGUUCCUCUCUCGCAUCCGACUCUCGAUCCAUUGUCCGUCGACCCUGCUGACCCUCUCGGCAUCGGCGCAAGCGACUAUCCGCUGCUGACUCUCCCGGAGCAGCGCCAAACGCGACAUUCGACAUCGAAUCGAAAUAGCCUCCAAAUCGACCGCAGUGGGAGUGGUGCAGAGCAUCGCAUCAGCCUACCACCAUCAGUGCGCCAUUCAUACGACGGACGAAGGUCCGCUGAUCCUUCGCCAACAUUCUUGGAUCCCGACGCUCACCCCGCCGACGAGGAAGAAGAAGCACCUGCGGAACCUUCUGCCGAGACCCGAGUGACUGGUUUGAGGAAACGUGGACAGAGUAUUUCUGACCCAGUCAUACGAGAUUUUGCCAUAACACUCAACGACAAAGGGAAAGGAAAGGCAUCCAUGGAGCCAGGCGCAGAGAAUCAGGGACGAGGGGUCUCCAAGGACUUGGAGCGCGGGCCAGAUGUGCUUCCACGUCAUUCAAAUGUGUCGGCUGGCGAUGGCAUGGGUAUUGGGUCGGCCAUUUCAUCUUCAAACUCGUCGAUUAUGGGAGAGGAACUGCCGCCGGAUCUGGGCGAAGAAUGGGGUCCACAACAUCCCUGCUUCCCUCAUAUGAAUCCUCACGUUCCUCUCGACUCGCCAGAGUAUCAUAACACUCGAAUCAUCCGCAUACGCCGAGACUGGUUGAUCGAGGGAGACUUGGCUCCGACGUUUUCUAACUUGUAUCCUGAAAUCUUGGAUCCGGCCGGCUUGUCAGAACAAGAGUUUCGGAGGAUUGUCGACAAGCUCAACGGCGAACUCAUUCCUAUAUUCAGCCCAUACAACUGGAGAAACGUGGUCGAUAGCAUGCUCGGACUCGUUACGGGUUGGCUGUGGGAUGAUUUGGGGUUUACAGGUGUCAAAGCUCGGCUGAAGCGCCUGGAACGCUGGAUUGACCAGUGGAACAACGAGAUGGAAAAGACAAUCGGCAAUGAAGACAGUUCAAUGGCCCCAAGAAUCAUUUCACUGAGGAAGACGGGGUACAUGACACUCGACAUACAAAUCCCAGAUCCGGAAAUUGCGCCUGCUCCUAGCACACCUGGCGGUUCAAGGUCUGGAAGCCUGCCAAUGGAGCCGGCAACCGCCGUGAUGGCAUCAUAA